AUGUUCCCUCGCACUCACCGCACGUCCUGUUUGUGCCGUGUCCCGCAGCCACGGCCCCUCGUGGGGCCCACAGGGAUGCUCGGUGCCCCAGAUGAGCCGGGUGCCCUGCCCUGGGGCGGAUGCCUCCAGGCUGUGGGUGCCUACAAGUGCAUCCAGUGCCCCCAGGUUAGGACACCCCAGGUGUGGGUGCCCCAAUGGUCGCAGUGCUCUGGCAGGGAUAACCUGGAUGUUGGAGCCCCCCACCAAUCCCCCCGCGGGUGGCUGUGCAGCACCAGGAGCGGCAGCCCCGCCCGCGGGCCCCCUUGGCUGCGCGCACCCCGAGCAGCGGUGCCCGGGGCCGGCCCCGCGGGUGCCGUGGGCGGGUGCCCCGGCGGGCCGGGCCGUGCCGGGCCGUGCCGCGGUGCCGCGCCGAGCGGCGGGCGGGGAUGCUGCUGCUGCCGCCGCCGCCGCCGCCGGCUCCCCCGCCCGCCCCGCGCCGCCGCCGCAGCCCCGCCAGACGCAGCGCGGCUCGGAGCGCGCACGGAGCCUCCCGCAGCCGCCGCCAUGGCCCGGAACCGCCGGGACAGGAGCAGCUGGGGUAGCUUUGCAGACAAGACUUACGAGUGGAGCUCCGAGGAGGAGGAAUCCGUGAGGAAGGCAGGGCCAGUGCAGGUGCUCAUUGUCAAAGAUGACCACUCCUUUGAGCUGGACGAGGCCGCCCUGAACCGCAUCCUCCUCUCCGAGGCUGUCAGAGAUAAGGAGGUCGUGGCUGUGUCCGUGGCUGGAGCUUUUAGGAAAGGAAAAUCAUUCCUGAUGGACUUCAUGCUGCGGUACAUGUACAAUAAGGAAGCAGUGGACUGGGUUGGGGAUUACAAUGAGCCUCUGACUGGUUUCUCCUGGAGGGGCGGCUCCGAGCGGGAGACGACCGGGAUUCAGAUAUGGAGCGAGGUUUUCCUGGUGGACAAGCCCGAUGGCACCAAGGUUGCGGUGCUGCUGAUGGACACGCAGGGCACCUUUGACAGCCAGUCCACCCUAAGGGACUCAGCCACCGUGUUUGCCCUCAGCACCAUGAUCAGCUCCAUCCAGGUUUAUAACUUGUCCCAGAAUGUGCAAGAGGAUGAUCUGCAGCACUUGCAGCUGUUCACCGAGUACGGCCGGCUGGCCAUGGAGGAGACAUUCCAGAAGCCUUUCCAGUCCCUUAUAUUCCUUGUUCGUGACUGGAGCUUCCCUUAUGAAUUUUCCUAUGGAUCUGAUGGUGGUGCAAGAUUUUUGGAGAAGAGGCUGAAGGUGUCAGGCAAUCAGCACGAAGAGCUGCAGAAUGUCAGGAAGCACAUCCAUUCCUGCUUCACCAAAAUCUCCUGCUUCCUCUUACCUCACCCCGGCCUCAAAGUCGCCACCAACCCCAAUUUCGAUGGAAAACUGAAAGAAAUAGACGAUGAAUUCAUCAAGAACUUAAAGAUUUUGAUUCCUUGGCUUCUUAGUCCCGAGAACCUGGAUGUUAAGGAGAUCAAUGGAAACCAUAUCACCUGUCGAGGCCUUGUGGAGUAUUUUAAGGCAUACAUAAAGAUCUACCAAGGGGAGGAGUUGCCACACCCCAAAUCGAUGCUGCAGGCCACAGCAGAAGCCAACAAUUUAGCAGCAGUUGCCACUGCCAAAGACACCUACAGCAAGAGGAUGGAGGAGGUGUGUGGAGGUGACAAACCCUUCCUGGCUCCCAGCGACCUGCAGACCAAACACGCGGAGCUGAAGGAAGAGGCCGUGCGGCUUUUCCGCGGCGUCAAGAAGAUGGGAGGGGAGGAGUUCAGCCGCCGCUACCUGCAGCAGCUGGAGGCUGAAAUUGACGAGCUCUACAUCCAGUACAUCAAACACAACGACAGCAAGAACAUCUUCCACGCCGCCCGCACCCCGGCCACGCUCUUCGUCGUCAUCUUCAUCACCUACGUCCUGGCCGGCGUCACCGGCUUCAUUGGCUUGGACAUCAUAGCCAGCCUGUGCAACAUGAUUCUGGGCUUGACACUUAUCACACUCUGUACCUGGGCUUAUAUCAGAUACUCUGGGGAGUACAGAGAGCUGGGAGCUGUAAUAGAUCAAGUGGCUGCAGCCUUGUGGGAUCAGGGAAGCACGAAUGAGGCUUUGUACAAGCUGUACAGCGCGGCCGCCACCCACAGACACCUGUACCACCACGCCUUCCCCGCCCCGCGGGCCGAGCCGGCCGAGGGCUCCGAAAGGAAGAAGGUUUAGGCACCGCGGAUCCCGCAGCCCCGGCUCCCCCGGGAGCGGCAGCCUCGCCCCGUCCGUCCCCGAGCCCGCCGGGAGCAGCGCCGCGGCCCCGGCCCCGUGUACAUACGGCACUGCCGCAGCCCAGAGCUUUGCUUUGGCACAGCCGGCGACUCCCAGCUCCUUUAUGAAGCCUUAUUUCCCCUUUCUUCAUUAGUCACCACCGAGAAAACGAUAAUUAACGUGAUACCGCGACUAAAAAGGCCGAAGCUUAUCCAAAAGUCAAUUUAUUUCAGGUACUUGAAGAAGUUAUAACAUGUAACCACGUUAUUUUUUUUUCCCUUCGUUUAACUGUUUAAUUCCAUGAACAUAAUUAAAAUGUAUUAACUUGCUUUAUCAGACACUGUAAGGGCACUUCUGCUAUGGUCUGUUAAGGGUGCUGUGAGGAACGCGGCCCUCUCUGUUUGUCUGCACAAAGUGUCACUUUGUAGCUGUGCUGGAGGAAGUUUCACUGUAUUUCUGUACAUAUUUAUCCAUGAUAGUGCAUAGGAUGUGUGGUACACUUCUAUUCUUUUAUUGUCAGGGUUAUUAAAGUUUGCUUUUGGUUCCUAAGAA